AUGCCGUUCUCUGACUUUGUUGUGGCACUGAAGGACAACCCCUACUUUGGGGCUGGGUUUGGCCUUGUUGGAGUGGGCACAGCAAUGGCACUGGCUCGGAAAGGAGCUCAGUUUGGGCUGGUGGCUUUCAGGCGCCACUAUAUGAUCACUUUGGAAGUGCCCAGCAAGGAUAAGAGCUACCAGUGGCUGCUGAACUGGAUCUCGCACCAUGCCAAGCGCACACAGCACCUGAGCGUUGAGACCUCGUACCUGCAGCACGAGAGUGGGCGCGUCAGCACCAAGUUUGACUUUGUCCCCAGCCCUGGAAACCAUUUCAUCUGGUAUCAGAGGAAGUGGAUUCGCAUCGAGCGAAACCGGGAGAGGCAGAUGAUUGACCUGAACACAGGAACUGCCUGGGAGUCUGUCACCUUCACGGCACUGGGCACCAACCGGGAGAUCUUCUUCAACAUCCUCCAGGAAGCCCGGGAGUUGGCUCUGCAGCAGCAGGAGGGGAGGACAAUCAUGUACACAGCCAUCGGAACGGAGUGGCGGCAGUUUGGAUUCCCACGCCGCCGCCGGCCUCUGAGCUCCGUGGUGCUGGAGAAAGGUGUGUCAGAGAGGCUGGUUGAGGACGUGAAGGAGUUCAUCGACAACCCGAAGUGGUACAUCGAGAGAGGGAUCCCAUACAGAAGAGGCUACCUGCUAUAUGGUCCUCCUGGCUGUGGAAAAAGCAGCUUCAUUACAGCCCUGGCCGGGGAGCUGCAACACAGUAUCUGCCUGCUGAGCCUCAGUGACCGCAGCCUCUCUGAUGACCGACUCAAUUACCUCCUGAGUGUGGCACCACAGCAGAGCAUCAUCCUUCUGGAGGAUGUGGAUGCUGCCUUCAUCAGUCGGGACCUCGCUGCUGAGAACCCUGCUAUGUACCAAGGCAUGGGGCGCCUGACCUUCAGCGGCCUCCUCAACGCCCUGGAUGGCGUGGCCUCCACAGAGGCCAGGAUUGUCUUCAUGACCACCAACUAUGUGGACAGGCUGGACCCAGCCCUGGUGCGGCCUGGACGUGUGGACCUGAAGCAGUACGUGGGCCACUGCUCCCAAGGGCAGCUGGUCCGCAUGUUCCAGCGCUUCUAUCCUGAGCAGCCCCCAGCUGCAGCUGAGCAGUUUGCUGAGCAGGCGCUGGCAGUCUCCAAACAGAUCAGCGCUGCCCAGGUGCAGGGCCACUUCAUGCUCUACAAGACAGAUCCUGGGGGAGCCAUUGAAAACGUACACUCCAUCCUGCCGUGACCUAAGGUGAGCUCUGCCUUGCCAUGCUGUGAGGCCUGGAGAUAACUGGGACAAGGACUUGGACCAUCCUGGGGAUGCUGUGAAGCUGCCCAGCUACACAGGCCAGGUCUUUACCUCACCGAGGCCUUGUCUUUUUGUUAAAAUGUGUGGAGUCAGAGCUUCCAGCUCUGCAGCAGAGUGAGGGGAUCGGCUCUUGCUGCUCCCUAGGUUUGGGUGCUACUAUACAGACCCUGCUCACUGCUCUUGUGCUGGGAUUGAGAAGCUGCCGAGGCUUCCAGAUGUGAAAGUAUAAUUUGUCAACCCCUUCCUUGUGGGCUGAUACUCCAAAACAGAAUUUUGCAGAGGCAGGACAUUGGGGUGAUGCACUGCUGAGGAGAGCUGAUGGUCUUUGAAAAGAGAGCAGUCUUCAUUGGUCUGUGAACAACCUUGUAAGGUAAAGUGCACAACAUGGCUCUUUGCCCUCCA